CAUUAAUGCGGAUAAAACACGCCUGCUGUAUCAUACAUGAUGUGAUCUGAUCGCAGUGUGUGUAGUAUGUAGGCUAGUAUGUUGAAUGGUGUCAUCUUCAGCGAGCACACGCCCUCCGCUCCCGCGCGCGCCCCCCGCGUCCAGUGCGCGUUCACGCCGCAGACCCACAAACCCACAUCAGAAUGUGAGCAAGAACUGAAUCUGUGUCAAGGACGCGAGCGAAUAACAACGCGGGAUUGGUGCCGGAAUAAAGGCAGAUUCGGAUCCGGAUCAUCCGCGGGUUCGGGUUCAGAUCGAAGCGGAUUCUGCGGGUUUCGGGCCUGAUUCGGAUUCCGCGAGUGUUUCUCUCAUCUGUGGAUCUAAACGGACGCACGACCCUCGCGGAUCCGGUCCAGAUCUGAUGUUUAUGAAUGAGACUCUGAGAUCAGAUCGAUACAUGAAGGAUUCGCAGAUCUGCCGUGAAAUAUGAAUGUGAACGAUUACGAUAUGAAAUCAUUUAUGCGCUGAUUGAUCUUCAGCAUCGCCUCCAUUUUGAAUCUGAUUUAAUGUCCUGAUUUUAUUUGUGAUGAUGGAUUUAUUCCCCGUCUCCUGAUUUAUUCCUCUCGGCCACUGCUGUGCGGUUAUGGUGGUUUUUAUAAACUGGAUCGUCCAUCACUGAAGCCGGAUUAUUUCACAUAUUGAUCUGAUCGUGUUUCUCACUGUAAUCAAAGAAAGGUUCGAGAUGAUUCGGUUCGGAGAAGGAGGAUUCGGAUCAGUGAGUAUGUGCCCCUCGUGAGAGAGGGCUGAUCGAUCUGCCCCGAACCCGGUGAUGAUGAUGAAGAUGAUGAUGCUGGAGACACAGAAUGCGAGUCAGGAGAUCGGUGAGGAGGUGGAGGACGGCGCUGUGUUCAGCAUCUCUCUGAGGAAGGUCCAGAUGUACCAGUCGUCCAGUAAGAGUCAGCGCUGGAUGGGUGUGGACUCGGACUCGGGUCUCAGUCUGUACGAGACGUGUAAGCUGCGCACCAUCAAAGCAGGAACUCUGGAGCGUCUGGUGGAGUACAUGGUCACCGCCUUCAGAGGAAACGACUCCACCUACGUCACCAUCUUCCUCUGCACCUACAGGACCUUCGCCACCACCAAACAAGUGCUGGACCUGCUGCUCAACAGAUACGCUAAACUGCAGCCGGGCGCAGAAGCACGCAGGAUGACGCCUGACGAGCGAACGGAGCUCAGGAACACCGUCUCCUCGAUCCUCGGCGCCUGGUUGGAUCAGUACUCUGAGGACUUCUGGAAGCCUCCGGACUACAGCUGUCUGAGACGCCUGAUCCACUAUCUGCAGCUCAGCUUCCCCGGGUCGGAUCUGGAGCGCCGCGCCUGUAACCUGCUGAGCCAGUUCCACCGCAGACUCCAGCAGGAAUCAGACCGAGACGUGCUGGAUCAGUGCUGUGCCUUCGCUCUGCUGCAGGAGAACGGAUUCCACGAGGAACGACCCGACUUCCUGAACUUUGACCCCACUGUGGUGGCAGAGCAGUUCACACUGAUGGAUGCAGAGCUGUUCAAGCGGGUCGUGCCGUAUCACUGUCUGGGAAGCAUCUGGUCUCAGAGAGAUAAGAAAGGGAAGGAACAUCUGGCGCCGACCAUCAGAGCCACGGUCAGCCAGUUCAACCGCGUCACCAACUGUGUGAUCUCCACCUGCCUGAGUGACCGGACGCUCAAACCUGCCCACAGAGCCCGCAUCCUGGAGCACUGGAUCCAAGUAGCCAGAGAGUGUCGGAUCUUGAAGAACUUCUCGUCUCUGCGUGCGAUUCUGUCGGCGCUGCAGUGUAACCCGGUUCACCGGCUCAAGAAAACAUGGGACGAAGUGUCACGAGAAAACAUUCGCAUCUUCCAGGAGCUGUCAGAGAUAUUCUCUGAUGAGAACAACCACUCGCUGAGCCGAGAACUGCUGAUAAAGGAGGGAACGUCCAAAUUUGCGACUCUGGAGAUCAACCCCAAGCGAGCGCAGAAGCGACAGCAGCCUCAGAGAGAUCUGACUGUGAUGCAGGGGACGAUUCCUUACCUGGGAACCUUCCUGACGGAUCUGGUCAUGAUGGACACUGCUAUGAAGGACUAUCUGGACGGAGGUCUGAUCAACUUCGAGAAGAGAAGGAAGGAGUUCGAGGUCAUCGCUCAGAUUAAACUGUUACAGCUGGCGUGUAACAAUUACAAUUUCAAGCGUGUGGCGGGGUUCAGCGUGUGGCUCUCCGGCGUGGAGAAGCUCUCGGAGGCUGAGAGCUACAGUCAGUCGUGUGAGAUCGAGCCGCUCUCUGAAUCCGCCUCCAACACGCUGAGAGCCAAGAAGAGCUCAGGAAUCAUGAAGAGAUGGAGCGAUCGGCAGCCCGUGGGUUUCAGGAGAAGCCGGAUGCAGUGGAUCUGGAAGCUCUCACUCCAAGUCCUUCGAUCAGCUGCGUUACCCGCCGGGUCUGAGCGGGUCACUGGGCGACGGCGGCGACUCUCUCAGUGUGACGUCUGCAGGCUCCAGCAGCUCUGAUGUAGAGGAGG